GGGCAGGGGCGGACUGACAACUCAUGGGGCCCCCGGGCAAUAGGGGAUAAUGGGGCCCCUGUGGGAUGCCCAAGAGCUGACUUGUAUCCAGGGGCAGACUGACAACUCAUGGGGCCCCCGGGCAAUAAGGGAUCAUGGGGCCCCUGUGACCUUGCCCAAACUCAAAAAAGCCUAUGAAAAAGGUACCAGGGGCAUCUCACGGGGCCCCCUACUGACCUCGGGCCCUCGGGCAGUGCCCAAGUUUCCAAAUAGUCAGUCCACCCCUGCUUGUAUCGUAUUUCUGGGAAAAUCA